AUGCCGUCCUUCUACCCACGCACCGCGCCUCGGCAGCUUCCACUCACACCACCGGAGUUCAUUCCAAACGGAUAUGGAAACAGCUCUUGCGGCGUCUCCCAGUACCAGAGGGGUUCGUUUGUGGUACAGCCAGGCACCGGAGGUCAAGAAGAAGGCUAUUAUGAUUUCGCGGACCGCUACAGCCAACAGCCCGCCAUGGUACCCCAGUCGUUAAUUUAUCAGCCAACCGCCGGCUACAGCAAUGCCAUGGGAGGGCUCUCAUCGCAGAAUACGUUUUACAAGCCAAUCGGAGCGCCGAUGCUCCCUCCUAUGCGCAUUCCUGAUGAGAUGGCUAUGGCAGAGGCGGACAUGAGCCACCAGAGCCAACAGCAUCUGCAGGCGCAACAGCAGGCCAAAGAAGAGAAGCCCGUCGGAGGUGUAUCCGCUAAGCUUGACUACGACAUGGACUGCAUGACGGAUUUCGUAUCUGAGAUGGCACAGGGAAUGUAUGAGAUUCUCAAAUCCCCGAUCUGCAUUGCAGACGUUGACCUUUUUCGAAGUGUGCAAUCAAGUCGGCCGUUGCCGCCAUCAUUUAGGAAAUGGGUUUACCGAGUGCUCAGCGCCACGCGACUCCCUUCGGCAACCAUCCUUCUCAGCCUUCAGUAUCUCUCCAUCCGCAUGGAGAUGCUGUCGAACGGCGGCCGAUACAAUGCGGUGGAGGGCCAGGUCUACAGGCUGCUAACGAUCGCUCUCGUACUCGGUAGCAAAUUUCUCGACGACAACACCUUCAUCAACAGGUCGUGGUCGGAAGUGAGCGGCAUCAACGUGCUAGACCUGAACCAGCUGGAAAGAGAAUGGCUCGUGGCCAUCGAUUUCCAUCUGCACCGCGACCCUACCGAACAGCAAGGCUUUUGCUCUUGGCUUGAACACUGGAAGGAUUACGAGGUCAAGGCGAUCGCUCGGUCGGCAAAGCCGAGCAAGCUUAGCCCGCUUGAUACUUCCGUUCAGCACCAGCGGCCUGUGCCCAAGGCUUUUUCGUCAGCGGGCUUCCAACAGUCUUUCAAUAAGCCUGCACCUACUCAGUACGAAGCUACCACAGCUCGCAAUCGGUACAGCGCUUCGGGGUUUUCUCAGUACGAUCCCUGGCUAGUCCCUCGGUCGGCGACCGACACCUCGCCAGAUUCGGCGCCUCUUACUGGUCCCACUACUCCUGAGUACUACGGUGGUCCGGGAACAUGGGCACCGCUAGAAGGCUACUCGCGCAGAUCGAUGUUUGGCUACCCUUCAGUAACGCAGCCUCCGCAGCUACAAGCGCAAGCGCAGCAACAGUCGCAGCCCACGGGCUACGGCACCCCGUUCACACCACAGUAUCCACAGCAGAUGUGGAGUGGCCACGGCAUGGGGUGCAGCUGCAUGUAUUGCGCACGGCAGCAGCCAUACCUUAUGGCUCAUGGCUAUCGCCCCACACCCGUGGUCUGCUGA